UGGUGAAUUAAAGAUGUUUCACAAUUUUCUUGUAGCUCAAAAUCUGUAAAGAUCGGGAGGAGUCCAGACAAAAAAGCAUAAUUGGCGCGUUGGUUGAGGAAUUGAAUAACAGGGAAAAGUCGUACCGUCCAUUUACUUUUCUCUCUCCCCUAGAAAAACACACUUUCCUUUCCUUUUUGAGCGGAACAAGUAACAACUGAUAAUCCCAUCACCUGAUUCUUCUUCUUCACUCUCAACUUUUCAGUUUUCCCAUAUUUAUUAUUCAACACCCAAAACUUCCUUUUUUCUUUUUCUUUCUCUUAAUUCAACAAACUUGUGAUAUUGUAACACGAUCUUGUUCUUGUUCUGUCACUGGAAAUUUUUUAACAUGGGCUCUAUUUCUUUUGCCAAUUAUCAAACCCUGAGGCUAUUCCCUUCUUUCAACUCUUUUCUUCAUUCUAAGCAGCCCUGCAUUGUCGCCUUGUACCAUCAUUCCCAUAAAGUAGAACCUUCUUUGUCUAUUAUAAAAAGAAGUUCUUUUCGCCGUGCUGCCGGACUCAUCGCCAACUCUGUUCCCUCAAGAAACGGAAAUUAUAUGGUGGGUGAUUUUAUGACCAGAAAACAGGAUUUACAUGUUGUCAAAACUAUAACAAGUGUGGAUGAAGCAUUGGAGGCACUUGUGGAGAAGAGAGUUACUGGUUUCCCUGUGAUUGAUGAUAACUGGAAAUUGGUUGGCGUUGUUUCGGAUUAUGAUUUGUUGGCACUUGACUCUAUUUCAGGUAGCAGUCAAAAUGACACAACCAUGUUUCCUAAUGUUGAUAGUUCUUGGAAAACAUUCAACGAAAUACAGAAAUUGAUCAGCAAAAAUAAUGGAAAAGUUGUUGGGGACUUGAUGACACCUUCACCUCUUGUUGUUCGUGAAACAACAAACCUGGAAGAUGCUGCUAGGUUAUUGCUUGAAACUAAGUAUCGUCGACUACCAGUUGUUGAUAGUGAUGGCAAGCUGGUUGGAAUCAUUACAAGGGGAAAUGUUGUUAGAGCUGCCCUGCGGAUAAAACGUGCUAGUGAAAGGUUACCAUGAUGCCUAGAUCUGCAGUAGAUCAUAAUCUUGGUGUCAAAUUGAUGGCUCAGUUUGUUUUUCAAUAUACCGAUCAUGCAAGUAUUCUUCUCCCUUUCGGUCAUUGGCCACGUACAACUUCCACGGCAAAAUGAGAAUUUUAAUCCUGUCUAGGGUUCAACCUCUAGUUUUUAGUUUAACUUUUAUACAUAUAGGCCUGUUAAACUAGGGCAACAUUAGCUAGGAUCAGAUAUGCCUUUGCAAUAGUCAUAAACCAAAAGUUUUGUAUCUGAAUAUUUAUGUUUACUGUCAUUUUUAUUUAAUUGUUAAAAAGUAUAUACAUGUAAGCUUGCAUCACUAUGAAUAUCAUUGAUUUGAUAUAUUGAAGUAUCUCAUUUAGCAA